CCUCCUUGGGGUUGCAACGAGAGAGGCGAAGCAAAACGAGCCGAGAAGAAUGGACAUGAGCUGCCUUCACGCCUUCCACCCUUCGAGCCUCCGUCUUCCUCCUCCCGACCCAAUCCCGAUUUCAAGAACCAAACCGUCGCCGCCGCCGGCCCGUCAAGAAACCGCCCCUCUCCGGAAGGCCGCGCGUGGUCGCGCCGCGCAGAAGAGAGCUCCCGCGGCGACGAGACCUUCGGUGCCCAGAAACGUCGACCUCAUCGCGAGCGCUUCGAACCCGUUCGUGAAGCACUGCGUCAAGCUCCGCCAGAGCUCCUCCUACCGCCACUCCCACAGCUCGGCUCUCGUCGUGGGCACGACCCCGAUAAGGGAGAUCUGUAAUUUUCAGUCGUCGAAGAACAAAAUUGCUAUCAUUGAUUGCUUACUACUUCUUGAUAAAGCUCAGAUUCCUGAUGAUCUGGAAGAACGUUCACUCCGUCUGGUGCGUGUAAGUUCAUUGGUUAUGGAAAAACUUUCUGGGGUCGAAUCAGCUGAAUCUAUCAAAGCAGUUGCUCUGAUGAGAAUACCUUCCACUUUCUACAAUGUCGACGAUGAGACCGAUGACAGAGAUUGUCGGAGAUGGUUUGCCUCUCGUCAUCGAAUUCUUGUCCUUGAUGGGAUCCAGGACCCAGGCAACCUUGGAACAUUGCUAAGAUCAGCUACCGCAUUUAAUUGGGAUGGUGUUUUUCUACUUCCUGGCUGUUGUGACCCUUUCAAUGACAAGGCUCUUCGAGCAAGCCGAGGAGCCUCAUUCCAGCUCUCUCUGGUAUUAGGAAGGUGGAGCAAUCUAGAAACUCUUCGAAAUGAAUUUCAGAUGAAGUUACUGGCUGGUCACCCUGAGAGCAACAUGGGACAAAAACUGGUGUCAAAUUUAUCUCCGAGUUUUGUUGAUUCACUAGCCAAUGUGCCUGUAUGCCUGGUUUUGGGUAGCGAAGGAAGGGGCCUCUCUGAGGAACCUGAGUCUCUGUGCGAGUUGGUAAGUAUCCCGAUGGCCGGAAAGUUCGAGUCUCUGAAUGUUUCAGUUGCUGGUGGAAUUUUUCUGUAUAUGCUUCAACCUCAGGUUUGGGUUACUCCUUCCGCAUUGUCCUAAUGGAAACAGAUACGUUGAAAUUGACAAGAUGUAGUGAAUCAUUGUGAUGGCAAGUGCGAGAGGCAUAAUAUAUGGAUAUAUUCAUGCA